CUGGAUGUCGAACAGCUGAAGAAACGUUACGAUGGGUUUGGUGAACUUUGUCAUCUCAACGGUUGCAAAAUGCCUGGACGCGAUGUGUUUGGUUUUGGACUUGAAUUUCCUCGUUGUCCACAACGUGGUGCGGACUGUGCUGGCGGUUUUUACUUUCAUAACCGAUCUCCCCACCCUGCUCCUCAACUCUGAGCAGGAGCUGGAAGAGUUUGUCGUCUUUGGCCUGAUGUUCGUGGCAGAGGCGUCUUCGAGUAUGGCGCAGAACGCCAUCAUCAUGCUGGGGAGCGUGCCGCUAGCUCUGGAGGGGCUGCUGGAGAGUCUGAAGAUGGUCGGUUACCUGUCCAUGCAUAUCCUCAUCAGGGGGAAGGAGCACCUUUGUCGAGGUGUGCUGUGGAUACUGGACAUUUGUGGGAUUGUUCUCAGUCUGCUGGUCUACUUCAUCAAUACUGUGGUCAACUUUGCUCUGAUUGCCAUUGCCAGUGUGUACUCAGCUGUGGUCAGCUUGCUGCAGACUGUCACUAGUCCAUUUCAGAUGGUGCUGGAGCUGACUCUCACCUUCGUGACCUUUCUUUACAGCAGCCUGUUGGGGACGUCAGCUUUCCUGUGGACACCCUGCAAGCUGCUCUUGGACUUUAUGGUGUCACUGGUGCACAUGUUCAUUAGCAUCUUCAUACUGAACAUCUAUGGCCUGAUGCUUACCCUUACCAUUGCGCUGACAACCACAGCUUACCUGAACCCAGAGCUGAGUCGUCAGGUUGCAGCACAAGUCUUGGAUUACCUGAACUCAUUCCCUGCUCUUUGCAGACUGUUCACUGCUUCUCGCCGCCUGGCUUCAGCCUCGUGGAGAGCCACACAAGCCCUGCAUGUUAACAACCUGCAGAGAAUAUUCCAUCACCUUUACAUACUGGAGAGACGACUUUGGCGGCAACUCUCUCAACACAGAGGCCAACUGGGCCUGGUACUGAGAACACUCCUCCACAGGGAUAACAGCAGGGUGGAAGGAGACGGCAACACUGAGGGGGAUCGCCGCGGCCCACCGGACGGAAGAGCAGGCGAUGGAGCCCAGCGGGAGCUGCUCAACGUAGUUUUACCUUCCUCCAGUACAGACCGGCCAUUAAAGAAGCUGACGUCUUCAGGUAAAGGAGGUAAAGCUGUGCCUGCAGAGCGUCUGCUGACGCUGCUGAAAGAACAGGAGGACAGGAAGAAGUGUGUGAUCUGUCAGGACUGCAACAAGACAGUGGUGCUGCUGCCGUGCAGACACCUGUGUUUGUGUAAAGACUGUACCAACAUACUGCUCCAACAACCUAUCUACCAACAGAACUGCCCACUCUGUCGACACAUGAUCCUCAACACAAUGGAUGUGUAUCUGUGAGGGGUGAUCAGAAACCUAAUAAUGAACCAGUGAUUUACCACCACUAAAGAGUAUUUCAAUUAAUGGGGGUGGGGGAGGUUGUAUUGGUUUUCUGGUAAAAAAAAGUGAAGUCUGGCUGUACAAACUUCACAAAAAAUUGUGGAGCAAAAUAAAAAAAUUACAAGAAGCAUACUAGUUAAAGAACAUAAAAACAUUUGGGUUCAUUAAAUCUUAUUAGGGAUUUUGAAAGUAGGAUCUAUAAAAACAAAAUUGUCAUUUUAGAGAAUUAGUGACAAAAAACACAAAACAAUACUACCCAGACCCAUGUGUUUCACUAAUGAUAGAAACCAGUGAAUGAUAAAUAGUGUUACAAUUAAAAAAAGUCAUAAGUUUUUAACCCAGAAAAAAAAAAAGAAAUAAGGGCUUAUCUAAUAAUAAAGCAUAUGCAGAUUUGUCAUCAUGGCUUUGAGUGACUGACAAACCCUGAGCUGUAUAACCAACAUUCUUAUUUUUUUAUGAAUAUUUGUGCAUUGAAUUGUGGAUAUUUCUUUUUGAAUUGUUUUGAUACUGUUUACUUCAAUUUGUUGCUUUUCAAGGCAAAACAGACUUGAGUUCUGAUAUGAUCGUGUCUGUGUUAUGGAUUUGUCACUGUGAUCCCCUGUUGGCUUUCAGGUUGUCUGUAGCCAUGGUAACUCAUAAGUGCCCUCUCUCCCUUCCUGAUGCUGAAAUGUUUACUGCUGCAUGUGAUGCUGUGCUCUUAUAGGGAGCUGGCUGAGGGCAAACACUGUGCUUUGUUACCAGAGCCAUCCUGUCAGUCUACUGUGUGUUUGAAUACAUGUCUGUGCCACACGCUGCCUUUUUGAAGCUUGGCUCAUCAUUAGAAAGGUCCAGUGUCUUAGGCCAGACAAUGAUGAGACAACACAGCCUUAUUUCAUCUAUGUCUUAAAUCUCGCCAUGCAUUAGAAGCAGAUUUUAGUCACAUCUCGACACAAAAUCUAUAAAAGGUUUUCCCUUUCACUUGCCGUAGUCAUAAAGUAUAGAUUUCUGUUAUAAACCGGACCAUAAACGAAUUUCAUUUCAAUCAGAUUUCCAUUUGUAGCCAUGGAACCUGAUAUGACUGUUUGAAGGGCAACAUACAGUAAUGAUUCCAGUGUGAAGUGGGUGGUCCUGGGGGGUUGUCAUCUGUCACAUACUGUCACUUUGUUUUCUUGAGAAAAUGUGUGAUUUAAAGAAAAUUCAUUUUUGUAAAUGCUUUUUUCAGGCCACAUAAUUCUACUCCACUAAACAUGUAUAUAAUCGUUGAGAGUGAGGUGAACAUCUGUUUUUAUUUAUUCAAGGACAGAAGUGACUUCUGGAGACAACACAGCUGAUGGAGAGGAUAUGGGACUAAUUAUCUCAGGUAUUCCCAAAGUGACUAUAUUCUGCAGCUUUCCUUUAGGUGGAUGGACUGAAGAAGAAGAAGUUCCUUGGGUGACCGUUGUUAGUUCGUUAACUGCAGCGUGUUAAACAGUACGAUUUGAAAACGUGAAUAGGGUUUGUUUUUUUUUAAACUGAAAAUUCUUAAUAAAAACUGUUGAAAAAA